GUUUAUAUUCUCUACUUCCUCGCAAUACCGAAUUCUCCUUAAUCCGAGACGCUCUUCUGUAUCCUGUACUGUCUAAAGUUUAAAGUCUAAGGAAACGCUGUAAGCGUAAAGAAGAGAUCAUUUAUACGUCGUGAUCCUGUCGAAAGCGUGCGCUUAGCUACUACAUUCCGUAGGAAGUGGUCUCCGAGGAGACAUUCGUGUCUAGUUGGUAGUAUGCUGGAACAUACGAGCCGUGAGGCAUAUAUGUACAAUCGUGCUGCAAGGCAUACAUAGAUAUAUCCAACUGGACCGAAGAGAUGAACCGGUCCUUUGGCGCUAUAAAUAUUCAAACGUUAUCCGGUAUGUAGGAGAGAAAGUGAAUUGCAGCGUAUAUUAAAAAUGUUUGAAUUUUGUUAACUAGUUGAUUCACGAUGGAUAAUUUAAUCAACGGUUACAAGAAAUUCGUUACUAAUAGAAAAUUAGUGUGGACGAUUUACCAAGAUAGCAGAAUUCGUAUAUUAGUAUAGAUAAUAGGAAGGAAUCAACUACUUCUCGCCGGUUUGGUAACAGUUUUCCUCUAUCUGUCCUGUAACGCGAUUUAUUUUGUACCCGAAUCGCCUGCGCAACGCUCUCUUAGUUUCUACUCUCACAAAUAUAUAAAUAUUAUAAUAAUAAAAAAAAAAAAGAAGUAGAAACGAGAAAAAUGUUGAUCGGUUGUUUGAAUUUUUGGACAAGUAUCCGAAGGGAGAACGAAUUCUUUCAAGGUACCAUCCUGCCGAAUUCCCCGCGCCCUUUUUUUCUCGGCAACCGACUGGCAACACCAGGUAUAAGGUGAACCGAGGCAGGUGAAGGUAUCGACUGGCGCAGUGUCGUACGCGCUCGCGCGAAUCUCGCUACCGAAGAGAGUCGUCUAAGAGACUAGCAGGUAGAACAGCAACAGAGAGAGACAACAAAUUCGAGUUAUAUACCCGGUCGUCCGGCGCGGCGUGUAGGCCGCUGGCGUACCUUCCUAUCAUUCGCCGGAAUCCAACCAAUGGGCGCCUACGCGUCUGUGGUAGUGCGGUUGCGGCGUCGUGUCGCGUCGCGUCGUCUUGCCUCGCCUCGACUCGCGUCGACUCGGUUCGGUUCGCGCAGUCACAACUCGUUCGACCGUCAAACUGUACGUUUCGAUAACAAGGAAUACGAAAUAUUACCAACGUGUUGCAGUUUACGUGUGUGACUAUUUAACGUUAUCGUUCACAGUAAUCGUUUCUUCCGGAUACGAAUUGGCCCGCGUAGUGCACGUGUUGUGCGGAAAUCCGCGCGUUAUCUUCUUUUGUCAGUUGACGGUGGACUUACGGUGUUUCCCCCAUCUCUCUCGCGAGAAGAACCAUGCGAUUUUCGUGGGUGUUCGUGGCUACGGUGCUCCUGUUUCUAGCUACUGGGGCGAGGUGUAAGAGAAAAUUCGACGGGGAUUUUGAAUUUGCCGAAGAAGAUGACACGCGGAUAAUGAAAGUGGGCGACAAGAAAAGAUGGAUACACGAUCCGAAUAAUAUACUUUGUCGACCGUUGACUUGCGGAAAGAAAGAACUCUGCCUUCUCGAAGACUCUUUCACAGCCGUUUGCGUUUCGAAAAAGGAACUUCGCAAAUCAGGAGACAUAGUGAUUCCAAAGUCGCGGGCAGUUCAACAGAACCGACGAAUGAGAACGGAAACUUCGGUCGAUUCGGAGGAUGACGAUGCCUUCUUCGAUUCCGAAGACGACGACGAGGAUCAGGACGAGUCGAAAUGUCAAGAAUGUCCUGUGGGGAAGCCGGCGUUCCUUUGCGGAAACGAUAAUCGCACAUAUAGUUCGCUGUGCCGGUUGGCAUACCACAAUUGCAUCCACCACGCGUUGGUGAGCAUCGCCUGCAAAGGUUUCUGCCCGUGCAAAGCGGCUGAUUUACGGGCGUACAACAAAAAGAUGCAAAUGGAACGACAAAAGUCCAAGAUGGGCGAGAUGAUGCGAAAUCGUGAUAUUACACUUACCCCUCGUGACUUCAAUUACGACAAUCACCAUUACCAGUACAUAAAAUACACCAAACGUGGCAAGGCACUAGCCGCAGGAAGCAAAUACGACGACAAGAAUUUGAUGAGUAACGAAGUCAUGGAGAAGACGCCCUCGCCAUUGAAGUCUAUGUACAAUUCUCAGUUAUCGCGAAAAUCUGAAUGUCCGCCGUCCUCGAAACCGGCAAUGGCAAAUCGUCUGCUGGACUGGUUUUCAGUCGUGAUGGCGGAAUCCAAGUACCGCCCUCAUCCUAAACCGAAAGCUCUCCUCAUUAUCGGUUGCCAGAGCGAGGUCAGGUGGAUGUUCGGACAUUUGGACAAGGACGGCGACGGUCGGCUGUCUCUUUCCGAGCUGUACGGUCUCGAGCAUGAUCAGAACGAGCCGUGUCUCAAACCAUUUCUGGAUGGUUGCGACACCAACGGAGACAUAUUUGUGAGCGGUUCCGAGUGGUGUGGAUGCUUUUCAAAGGCCGAAGGUCCUUGUGCCGCCGUACGUAAAAGGUCAUCCCCCGAAGUUGCUCCCAUCUGCGACUCCCGAGGAUAUUACCGAAGUACUCAGUGCCAUCGCAGUCUUGGACUCUGCUGGUGCGUCGAUCCCCAUGGCGUGGAGUACGCUGGUACCAGAACACGCGGUAGCAAGCCGGAUUGCGGUAAAUGUCGUUUAUUACUUUCGACACAGUUUUUACCACUUUCGAUAAAAUCAAUUUUCAAAAUAUCUAAUGUUUCAGAUAAAAUCGGGAAUACGAUCAACAACCCAGUAGGUACGAAGUGGUCGAAUAGCGUAGACCUGGACGACGACGACGAAGACGGUGGUACAGAUUCCGGACAGGAUCUCGAGGGCUCUGCCGAUCAGCCUUUAGACUUUUAGAUUUUUUAGAACGAGCCUGUAACGCAGCAGCAACAGUGGCGCUGGCAGUAACCGAGAACAACACCCUAACACCUGAUAUCGAACAAUCGGACAAUUUCAUUAUUCCCUUGAUCCGAAGGAAUGCGGAAAAGCUUGUCUGGUUGUCCGCUUGUUUCGAGUAUCGCCGUUGUGAUUGGAGGUGUCUUUGGUGAAUAAGGGCAGCAGCGGAGACUACAACCGGCACGGCGCGGCGGGCGCGGCGUGUGCAAGCCUAAUAUCACUUCGAAGAGCAACGAAAAGCAUGACGAUUGAUUUGGCAUCGUGAUUGCACGUCGAACAACUUUGAUCGCGUUCUUUUUGACUCGAUGAUCGAAAAAGCAGUACCGAUCGACACGGAGACGUUGGUUAUUUCUUAACUCGCGAAUGAUUAGGCCCAAAACAGAUUAUUUCGGAUCUUACUAUUCAAUGGUAAUUCGUACUCGAAACGAAAAAAAAAGAAGAAAAAAACAAAUAACGAAUGAUAGACGUUUCCGUUCGACUAUCGGGACGUACGAAAAUCGUGACAAUUGCCAAACUGGUUAAGAAACCAUCGGGUUAAGGAAUCGAAUCGAAGAAUCUCCCAACCAAGAAAAAAGUAAACUCGAUAUUGUGCAAUAACCGUGGGGCUACUUCGUGCAAUAGCGAUUUCGUGCAAUGUUUCAUUUUACUCUAAGUGCGAAGACUGCGAAAAGAUCUAUACGUUUGAUCUACAUCACACAGAAUUCAAAUACCGACGACUGUUUACAGAAACGUUGAUUUACCCUAUGUGCCCGUUGAGGUACCUCCAUGCACAACUCGUUCUAUAAAUAAUACAAUUAUACACUAUUUAUGCGCAUAGAAAAAAUUAGAAGAGAGAAGGAGGGCGAGCGAUGGAGAGAAAAGAGCAGACUCUCAAGAAAUUGCAGGAACCACGCGCAGCAGUAAGUAAAAGAUAACUCAUCCUCCAUCGAUAUGUUUAAUGAAAAGAUAAACAAAAUUGAAAGAAACAGAAAGCACUAUAUAAUUAUGAUUUCUAAUCCGCGCUAGAUUAACGAUAUCUCGAAUUGUAAGGUUUAAGCAUUAUAAAUAUAUAAUAUUGUCUACGACUUACGAUAAUAGAACGGACAAAGACAAGACUGGCUGAGAGAGAAAACUCGGCUGAUCGUCAACAGAGACGCGCGAAUCCCAUCAACGCACCGUUAUAAUUAGAGAGAUGCACGUCCGCUGGAUGUAGAGGUCAAAAGUGCUUGCAUAACCCAUUAUGUCACAUGAAAAUAGUUUUAACCGUAACCCCUUGCAUAACGAAUUUGCUGGUCCAUUGGGGGAAUGUGCAGAAUGUUUCAUAAAAUGUAGGCAUUGUUUCAGAGGUAAGUUCCGAAUAUUGCAACUUUGUUAUAAUUACUUUGGUUAUGUUACAAUGUAACUUGAAAACAGUUAAACGUACGUAAUACAAUUAAAUUUACAUCCAAUCGUAGAGGAUCGACUGCUUUUAGUACUUUCCUGAUUCGUGUCACUCUAUACUAUAUAUAAUAUAUCGCAUAACUUUCUCUCGUUCGGUAUGAUUCGUACGUACAAAUAUCAUUAUACAUACUACAGAUAAUUUGUAGUUUAUUGACUUUGACGUGUGCAAACAGGGUAAACACGGACCCUUUUUCGGAUGACUGAAACAAAAAGAGUCGAAACGAAAUCGUAUCGGUUUGCUCUAUACGGUCCUCGGAGGUAACCCUAAGGGAUUAAACAGUGUAUGUAGUUUCUGAACGUAUUUAAAUAACGCAAAUAAAGAUGUAACUAUGUUCGUUGAUUUAGAUGUUUGUUCAGGCGAGCGAGGAUUCAGACACUCUCCUGUCUAUAGCUUCACUCGAUGAAAUACUAUAAAAUACCAGUUGUAUACGAGUAGAAUGAACUACUCUGGCACAACUUGUAAGUUGAGAAUUCCUAAAACACAAAAACUGACUAUCUCUGAAACAAUAUGAAAAUAGAACAAGCGUUUAGAGAAAUUUUCUUUAUUAUUUUCAUACAUAUAUAUCGAAUUUACCCCCAAAGUUAUGCCCAGAUUUCACGAAACACCCCACGUUCAAAUGGAUACAUUUCCCGACGCUUGUUUAAAUAACGCGCUGGACUAUUCUACUUCUUUUUCUUCUUCUUCUUCUUCUUCUUCUUCUUCUUCUUCUUCUUCUUCUUCUUCUUCUUCUUCUUCUUCUUCUUCUUGGCAAGUAUAAGUUUUUUCUCUCAUAGCCAUCUUGCGUUGCGAGGUCUAGCGUAAGAUAUACUUGCAAAAAAAUGACCUAUUUCAUACUCGCUAACUACUAACAGCAACAGCAACAGCAGUUCAAUCACGACGAUGAAAGAAAUUACUCGAGAUUGUUUCGCGUCAUGAAUCGUAACGAACGGUUUCGCACGUUACGCUAACAGAGAAACAUAUUUUAGGAUAUACCUAGGGUAUGUUUCACGCGUUGUAAGUUAUUUUCUUACCUUAUUUGAUAUUAUGACACGAUUUCGACGUUAAGAUAACGUCAAAAGAGCUCGAUUCGCUUUGUGCAUCGAGUAGGGCGGAGCGUUUUUGAUAUUCAACGAGCACGUCGUGAUUCGUCUGCGUUUACUUGUAAUUCUAAGCAUUUUUACUUACGACUUUUACUUAAAGAGUGUGCGGUACACCGUAGGUAAUAGAGUAUAAAAUGUAAUCCGUAGAAAAAAAUGAUCGGUGUGAUUACGUGAAUAUGCGGUAAUAAUUAGAAAGCAAUUUACGUAAGAAUAGCCAGUGCAAAUUAUACACGUAUCUUUAACUAAGAAGCUAACACGUGGAAGUUAAGUUUCGAAGCAUAACUUAUUUCAUACUUUGACACAUUUUUCCACGAAUUUCGGACCGUUUAAUGUCCCCGACAUAUUAACGUUAAUUAGAAAGACGUAUUAUAUCCCAAGUUUCAGUACUUACUCUUAUCAACCAGCAACAUUUAUCGUACUCGUCAGUGGACACUUGUUAAUCGACGAUAUAUCAAAUAGGAAAACACAAUGGGUAAACUGUCCAAAAAAAAGAAAGAAAACAUAAUAAUAUAUUUCGCGUUUUAAGGAGCAACAUAGUAUGCCGCCGCAUCAUUUUAAAAUAUCAAAGUACAAAUAAGAAUUGGUAGAAACUUUUGCACCGCGCCGUUCGAUCAUCGAAUCUCGUCCUCGAUGGAUUAAGUAAAUAAAUCAACUCACGCAUACUCUUCGCUAGGUUGUGCGCAAUUUCUAUUCCGACGGAAUUUAUUAUUAUACCGUUCACUUAGAUUAAAGAACACAACUCGCAAACGUCGUCUUGCAUAUUGUAUAUACAUAAUUAUAUACAAUGGAAAAAUGAUUGUCUAUGAUCUUGGCAACGUGAUGAUUUUUGUAAGGUAUGCACUUGGUCGAAACGUAAAGAAUUUUUACUUCAUUCCAGAGCUACUAUCGAUAUUUCAUCAAAUUGGUAUUGUGCAUGUGGCUGUAAGAAUUCUUUAUGAAUAAAGAUUGUUGUAGAAAGGUG